GUCCCGUCACUCUCUUGACGGAUACCUAACCGAGUAAUAUUUAUCCAAAAUUUCGAACCCAGGGCUGUCUUUCCCCAAAUAUGUGAUUACCAGACCUUCGAUGGCGACUCCGGAAAAUGAGGGCAGCUUAAAUCACUACCCCGUUGAGGAAAUCGAGUACAACGAAAUCGAACGGCUCGAGGCCGUGGGCGAAGGCAGCUUCGGAGUCGUUUACAAGGGAAUCUGGCGCGACGCCUACGUGGCAGUAAAAAACAUCGUCUCCGAGAACGACAAAGAGGCCUUCAUCGUCGAGGUGCGCCAGCUGUCUCGGGUCAAGCAUGAGAACAUCGUCAAGCUGUACGGGGCGUGCACCAAGCCCCCCAACAUCUGCCUCGUCAUGGAGUACGCCGAGGGAGGCUCUCUCUUCAACAUCCUGCACCACGCGCCCAACGUGCACUACACGAUGGCCAACGCCAUGGCCUGGUUGCACCAGUGCGCCAAAGGCGUCGAGUACCUGCACGGAAUGAAGCCCAAAGCGCUGAUUCACCGGGACUUGAAACCCCCCAAUUUGUUGUUAAUCAACGGCGGGACGUUGCUGAAAAUAUGCGACUUUGGGACGGCGGUGGACAAGACUGCGAUCAUGACCAACAACAAGGGGUCCGCGGCCUGGAUGGCCCCAGAGGUGUUCGAAACGUCCAACUACACAGAAAAGUGCGACGUUUUUAGUUGGGGCAUAAUUCUGUGGGAGGUUGUCUCAAGGCUUAAACCGUUCUUUCACAUCAAAGAGUCGGGGUAUCCGUCGGCUUUUAUGAUCCUGUGGGCCAAGCACAACGGGGCGAGGCCCCCCUUGAUCCGAAAUUGCCCCCCUCCAAUUGAGAAACUGAUGACACAGUGUUGGGAUCAACAAGCGGCCAACAGGCCCAGCAUGGAACAGAUCGUGAAGAAAAUGGAGGUGAUCUGCUCGUUGUUGCCGGGCGCCGAGGAGCCCCUGCAGAUCAUCGACGGCGACGAGGUAAUCUACGAGAUGGAAGAGUACGAGGUGUACCCCGACGAGGUGGAUCAGUUUCCUGCUAGCACGAACGGCGACAACGGGGUGACCUCCUUGCCGCAGCCUACCUCCGACAUGCUGCUGCCCCUCAGCGUGGAGGUCGAGCCGAACCCGUGGGAACUGAAAGAUUGCGACAUGCAGCUCCGGACCAUGCCCGGCUUCGACAAGAUGGUGCCAAAGCACGCAGGUUCCAAAAACACGACGGUAGAAGCGGGAAUACAGAGCACGAAGACCACGCCAGAUGGUACCGACCCCGAUCUGGACGAAGUGUACCUCCUGCUCGAGCCGCACCUCCGGCCCGCCACCCCCGACAACGAAAACCCCCAAUCGGUGGCGCUGUUCGACGAGCACAAGCAGCUGGCGCAGGAGUACUUCAAGAUUCAGACUGAGAUGGCGUACCUGUCGCAGAAGAAGGACAAGCUCCUGGCAGAGCAGUCGCAGGAGCAGCAGACGCAGAGGAAGGUCCUGAAGGAUUUGCAGGCGGAGAAGGAGUCGCUGGUGCUCGUGCGGGAGUUGCUGAGCAAAAAUAAUAACGCGGCGAGGAGUUCGCUGGACAACUGGGUGAUGGUGCCCAGGGAGGGUGAUAACAAUAAUACUAACUAAGUGGUGUGAUUUUUAUCCAAGUGACUCUAUUCAGAGUGUUUGAUACUGUAUAUUUUGUUAAGCUCAAUUUUUUAUAUGUGUAUAUAGUUAUGAUUAAAGUAUCGAGUAAG